GGACCCACUCUUGAUAAGUUAACCUAUAGACCACACUCAGGAUCCACAGAGAACCAGAGAAGCAAGGAAGACCAACCUUUGGAAAGCCUUUGGAAAGCCUUUGGAAAGAUGAAUUCUCCACAAACAAACCAACCCAAACCCAAGAUGGACAACACUCACCAUGUCGCUUGUAAUGAGACUCUUCUGCUCGUAGCAGCGAAGUAUUUUCAGAGAAUCUCUCCAGUACAGUGGAGCAUGAUAGGUGCACAGACCUGGGACUCAGACACACAAGCUAAUGUGGCUGACAUGUGCACUGAAAUCGUACAGAGACUCGCGACAAACAUCCUCAAAAGCGUUGCGCCGAUGUUUGAGGACAAGAAGGCAUCUAAGGCUGACAUAACUACAGCUGUGGACAAGUUCACUCGCCUAAAAGACUCCCUUAUUGGUAGCUUUGCUGAGGCUUUUCAUGUCCCACAAGACAAAUGUGAUAGUGCUAUAAGGCUGGCAGAAGUGGUCGAGAGGGAAGUUGCAAAGAAGGUACACUCCGUUGUAUCUGUGGCCAUCAACAGAUCUGUUUGGCCAUCAGAGCCUGCCGUUUUUGUCGGUGGCUGCAUUUCCAACACGUCUCUUCAAGACAUGGUGUCUCAUGCUGCCAAAUGUCUGGAUGUGUGCUCCGAACUGUGUGGGCUGCCAAAGAGCACUAAGUUUGUCUCACAAAUAAUAUCUGAAAUUACCGAACCGAUCCUCACAGAACCAACGAAAUGUGAAUCAUCUCAGAGCAUAAUCUCCGUGAGAGACAUCCUGGUCAAAUGGUCCAAUGACACACCAGAAUCCAGAGAAAAUGCAGAUUCUGCAGCAUCUGAAAUUGUCAGGUCUGUAAUGCAAAGUGGCAAGAGACCUCAUUUUGCCACGAGGUCAAUAUGUAACAUCCUGAGAAAAUUUUUCACCUUACAGUCCGCACCUUCAAAAGACAAAGCCAGCGACAACCAAAAAGUUCGUAAAAAGGGCUUUAUGAACUUCGCCCAAAGACAAUUUGAAAAAUUGAAAGCACAGCUGAAGUGCGCAUCAACGGCUGACUUCCUUGUGAGUCUGACAUCGGACUCAUUGUCCUCUCAGGAUAACCUAGAGAACUCUGAUUUUGAAGUCCUUCUUCCAGGAAGUAUUCCAGAGUCUCCCACACCCAGAUUUGAACCUACACGUUUGACCAGUAAGCCGAAAUUAAUCAGUGUGAUAAAGCAGUCGUCUUCUGGAUUUGAUUUUGAUUCCAUCAAAACUGAUGUCGACAGCUUGUUUGAUCAAUUACACCUGCAAGAGAACCCUGCAACAAACGGCCGCAAAACACCGGAUGUCCUCAUAUCCACUAAUGAGAUGAGGAAGUUCUCAAAGGAACUGAUUGAUAAAUUUUACGACCAUCUGACGGCUGGCCCGACAUAUCAGAUUCCCAUGGUUCAAACGGGAACAAGUCUCUCUAACUCUGUCAUCUCUGAGUACAGGAGGGAGGCGGAUGCCACUGAGCCCCACCUCUCUCCUGAAGUUCGAUAUGUCAUGAUAGAGGACGCAGUGAGAAAGUUCUUGCAGCAGGUAGUAUACUGGUUGCAGAAGGAGCCAUCAAAAACAAUUGACAGCGACAAAGUAUCUGGUGCACUAACUGACCUCCAAAAGUUAUUCAUACCACCGACCCCACCCCGAGACAUCCAAAAUCUAACCACAACACAGCUGACCCCACUCCCAGAUGUCCGAAAGCUAACCAUGACACAGUCGUCCCCACUCCGAGACACCCGAAAGCUAACCUCGACACAGCUGACCCCGACCCCAGACAAAAAGGACAUUAUCAAGCAGGAGUCCCCUGAAGUCACUGACAAUCGGACUGCAACACCUUGUCAGUCACGUUCAGCAGCAGCAGCGAUGAACAACAUCUUCACCACUGCUCUGCUCUUGAGGAUCUUAAAGAAAGUCCCUCAGGAAAACGGAAGGGUCAAGGGGCAGGGAAAUUUCAAAGACGUCAUCAAACGUCUGUUGGAAGAGGCGCAAGAUGAAAUCAACAUCCCUGAAGGUGCUGUCAGAAAAACCACAAAAAAACUGGCAAAGCUCAUCAAGGCCGUGAGCAAAGAUCUUGAAAAGGAGUUUGGUUCUCCAGAGAAGCUACUGGAGGCUGCAGCAGCAUCAGGCGGUACAUUGUUUGAGGAUACUCUUGUGAUGAGUCUGAAAUUCCAUCUCGCUAAUCAACCUCCAAAGAGGUUCACAGUUGCCAAGUUUUUUUCAGGGGUGGAAAAAUGUUUGGAAAAAUGUUUUAGUUGGCCCUUCAAGUGCUGCCUGGCUCAAUGUUAUGAUGACUAAAUGUCAUAUUUUAUGGGGUUAAUCCGGGUGAUCCGGUUUCUUCCCACAUUUCUAAUCAUAACAUAAAAGCAAGGGCACAGUAUUCAGUGUUGAAUACUGUGCCCUCGCAGCGAUGGUCAGGGUUGGACUCCGGGUGCUCCGGUUUCUCCCCCAUUUCCAAUCAUAACAUAAAACAACAAAAAAUAUUAAAUAAAUAAAACUUUAAAAUAAAUUUU